GCGCCCAGAGGGGGAGAGCUCGAGGAGGGAGAGGCCGGAGCUGAGGGCGCAGCUGUUUGGAACCAUGACUGAAGAUGACGGAUUCGGUGGUGGUGGAGGGUCAGGUCAAAUUGAGAGAUGGAAAAAAGUGGAAAACUAGGUGGCUGGUGUUGCGCAAGCCCUCCCCGGUAGCAGACUGUCUGUUGAUGUUGGUCUACAAGGACAGAUCUGAAAGAGCCAAAGGUUACAAGGAGAGGAGCAGCCUGACUCUAGAGGACAUCUGUGGCCUUGAUCCUGGCCUCCCCUACGAGGGUUUGACUCACACACUAGCCAUCAUCUGCCUGUCCCAGGCUGUGAUGCUGGGCUUUGAGAGCAAGGACACAAUGUAUGCCUGGGAUAUCCGGAUCCGCUACUCUUUGGGGGAAGUCCACAGGUUUCAUGUGGCUGUGGCCCCAGGCACCAAGCUGGAAAGUGGAUUGGCCACUCUUCAUCUCUGCAAUGAUAUUCUGGUGCUGGCUAAAGACAUUCCUCCCGCUGUCAUGGGUCAGUGGAAGCUCUCUGACCUGCGGCGUUAUGGGGCUGUGCCAAAUGGCUUCAUCUUUGAAGGCGGGACCAGGUGUGGGUACUGGGCUGGUGUAUUUUUCCUUUCUUGUACAGAAGGGGAGCAGAUCAGCUUUCUUUUCGACUGUAUCGUCCGAGGCAUCUCCCCCACGAAAGGCCCCUUUGGCCUGCGUCCAGUCCUCCCAGAUCCAAAUCCAAACCCAUCAUCCAUGGAAGAGAGAGUGGCCCAUGAAGCCCUACAGUUAGAGAAGAGGCUCAGCCUUCUUUCACAUUCAAGUCGUCCGGGAAGUGGAGGAGAUGACAGGAGUUUGUCCAGCUCAUCAUCAGACACCAGCCACUCAGAUGCCAGCGCUGGGAGCCGGCUCACUCUCUGGCCCGAACAGUCCUCAGCCAGCACCUCCCAGGAGAGCCACGGGCUGGCAGCUGCUAAGUCCCUCCACCUUGGGGAAGACAAGGCACACGCAGAGGCUGCUCAUGGUGCCACCAAGCCACUGCCAAAACCUCUCCGGUCCAGACAGCUCCAGGAAAUCGGCCGCCAGAGUUCUUCUGACAGUGGAAUAGCCACGGGGAGUCACUCUUCCUACUCUGGUAGCUUCUCUUCCUAUGCCGGGAGCCUGGACAUCUGCCAUGGUGAUGAGUUUGGUUCCCUGCUUAGCUUGCCAUUGAACUUUGCUUCAGAACAGAGUUUGUGCACCUGCCCACCCAGUGAGCCUCCCAGGGGUCUGGAGUAUCAGGUCCCCAGCUCUUUUCGGCAUCUCUAUGACACACCAAGGAGUGUAUUACAAGCAGCUGCUAAGGACACUCAGCCCAGUGGUGGAGGUGCAGAUUCCACAGGACCCAAGGACCAGGCCCCAGGCCCUCAACAGGCCAGUGACCCCAAAGCAGCACCAGCCCCCCUCUCGGAGGCAGGAGCUGCCUCUGAGCCUGACCAAGACUUGGGGGGGCCCACCGCCUCCCUUGCCGAAGGCACCAAAGACUUGGGUGAUGAGACUUAUGCAGAUUUUCUUUCCAGGUGGUCAGGCAUCAGACCUCCAGGACAGGUGUUAGAAUCCCAAAGUAGUGAGUCGGUUUCACCUAGUGGAGUGUCCGCUGAGCCUUGUGAAAUGUGUAGCCCCCGCCCCGGGGCUCCAAGAGCUUUCUUUACAUCAUGUCCAGUCUGUGGUGGACUCAAGGGAGCAGCCCUUUUCCCCCUGCGACUCUUCCCAGCACCCUCAGGAGAAAGAUCGCGCAGUGAGACCCCUACCUAUGUGAAUAUUCCUGUCAGUCCCACCUCCAAGAAACAGCUUCACUACAUGGAACUGGAGCUUCAGGAACCUAGCCCAGGAAUAAGAGGAGCUGGAGCCACUCGAUAUGCACAGAUUGACAUUACUGCUACAGAGACGGCACACAAAGUGGGUGCUCAGCAUGCCCAGACCCGGGAAGAGCGUCUUCAGGAGUUGGAGCAGAAGCAAAAAGGGACCCAUCGGUGA